CGGCGGCUGCGGAGCAUGUCCCAGCGACACUCGGACAGCUCCUUGGAAGAGAAGCUGCUGGAAUACCGCUUCCACUCCGAGCUGCGGCUCGAUGCCAAGGGGAACCCAGCACCCGGGCUGCCCAUGGUCCGGGACUCCCUGCAGGUCAGGGACAAUGCCGCCUUCCAGCAGGACACCUCGGUGCCCCCACCUCUGUCCACUAAGGACGAGGAGCCACGGACCAUUAUCCUGAGCACACAGAGCCCCGUGGCCCUCAAGAUGGGCACUCAGCAGCUGAUCCCCAGAAGCCUGGCCGUGUCCAGCAAGGCCAAGACCCCAGCCCGCCACCAGAGCUUCGGGGCGGCCGUGCUCAGCAAGGAAGCUGCCCGAAGGGAGCCCCGGCUCGUCUCCGCCCCCAGCUUCUCCCUGGACGACAUGGACGUGGACACGGGCCCCGAGGGAGCGCUCAGACGGAACCUGCGGAACCGAUCCUACCGGGCAGCCAUGCAGGGCCUGGGGGCGCCGGGCGGGGAGAGGACCCCCAUCCAGCUCAGCCCCAAGCUCCAAGCUCUGGCCGAGGAGCCCAGUCCGCCUCCUGCUCGGUGUCCGGCCAAGAAUAAGAGGACGCUGGGACGGAAGCGAGCGCACAAGGGCUCCUUCAAGGACGACCCUGGGUUCUACCAGGAGAUCCGGGAACGGGGCCUGAACACCAGCCAUGAGUCCGACGAUGACUUGCUCGGUGAACCGUCCAGCCCCGAUGGAACGGAAAAGGCGGGUGCCCCCAUCGUAGUCAAAAGCUACCGGCCUGCCCAGGUCACCUGGAGCCAGCUCCCAGAGGUGGUGGAGUCCGGCCUCCUGGACGAGCUGUCUGCUGAGGAACGCAAGCGGCAGGAGGCCAUCUUUGAGAUCCUCACAUCGGAGUUCUCGUACCAGCACAGCCUGGGCAUCCUGGUAGCCGAGUUCCUACAGUCCGGGGAACUGCGGGCCACCAUGACCCAGACGGAGCACCACCACCUCUUCUCCAACAUCCUGGACGUCCUGAGCGCCAGUCGGAGAUUCUUCGAGGCCCUGGAGCAGCGGCACAAGGCGCAGGUCUGCGUGGAGGACAUCAGCGACAUCCUGGAGGAGCACGCCGAGAAGCACUUCCACCCCUACGUCGCCUACUGCUCCAACGAGGUCUACCAGCAGCGCGCCCUGCAGAAGCUGACGAACAGCAACACCGCCUUCCACGAGGCCCUGAAGGAGAUCGAGAAGCGUCCCGCGUGCGGGGGUCUCCCCAUGAUCUCCUUCCUGAUCCUCCCCAUGCAGAGGGUGACCCGGCUGCCCCUCCUGACCGAUACUCUCUGCCUCAAGAGUCAAGGCCAUCCCGAGAGGUACAAGGCCGCCAGCCGCGCGCUCAAGGCUAUCAGCAAGCUGGUGCAUCAGUGCAACGAGGGCGCCCGCAAGAUGGAGCGCACGGAGCAGAUGUAUGAGCUGCACGCGCGGCUGGACUUCGGCCGGGUCAAGUCCCUCCCGCUGAUCUCUGCCUCCCGCUGGCUGCUGAAGCGUGGGGAGCUUUUCGUGGUAGAAGAAACCAGGCUUUUCCGAAAACUGGCCAGCCGGCCCACAUGCUACCUGUUUCUGUUCAACGACGUUCUGGUGGUCACCAAGAAGAAGAGCGAGGACAGCUUCAUGGUUCAGGACUACGCCCAGGUGGACCACAUCCGGGUCCAGAAGAUGGAGCCCUUUGACCCCAGCCUGCUGGGCGGCGGUGGCACCCGCAGCUCCUCGGUGCCACACCCCUUCCGGGUGACCCUGCUGCGCAACAGUGAGGGCCUCCAGGAGAAGAUCCUGCUGUCUUCCGACUCUGCGAGUGACCGGGCCCGGUGGAUCAUGGCACUCACGCACAGGGAGAGGCAGGGGCAGGGCCCCACCAACAAAGGAGACCUGCCCCAGGUGGAGAUCACCAAGGCCUACUUGGCCAGGCAGGCCGACGAGAUCUCGCUGCAGCAGGCCGACGUGGUCCUGGUACUGGAGCAGGAGGACGGCUGGGUCUACGGCGAGCGGCUGAGGGACGGGGAGACGGGCUGGUUCCCUGAGGACUUCGCCCGAAGCAUCACCAGCCGCGUGGCCGUGGAGGGCAACGUUCGUCGGAUGGAGCGGCUGCGGGUGGAGACGGAUGUGUAG